CGGCGCGCGGGCCGGAAGCGGCGCGCGCUUCCCUUUGUGGCGGCCGGCGGUGCCAUGGAGGCGGCGGCCGAGCGGCGGCGGCAGCGGCGGCGGCGGGAGGUGACGGUGAAGGCCGAGAAGCGGAGCCCCCGGCGCUCCGCCUCCCGCUCGGCGCGGGGCAGCCAGUCGCCGCCGGCCGAGGAGCGGCGGGGCCCGGCCGGGCCGCGCCAGGGCAGCCGCGGCAGGAGCAGCAGAUCGCCCAAGAGGAAGAGCAAGUCGGGGCGGAGGAGCCGGUCCCCGCGCGGCAGGCGGAGCCGCAGCCCGCACCACGCCGCCGUGAAGGUGAAGCAGGAGCGAGAUGAUCAUUGUCGUAGAGGAAACGAGGAGCGAAAGCAGAGAUACUCAUCAGAGCAAGAACAUAGGAGAGACAGAAGCGGUGACAGAGAUAGACACAGAGAGCACUCUGACAGAAGGAAGAAUGCAAAUGAAAGGCCUGGAGUUCGAGGCCACGAGAGAGAGAGAGAUGUUCAGAACAUCCGUGAGCAGCAGGCUGAGAGGGAGUUUUAUAACGAGAGAAGAAGAGAGCAUCGACAAAAUAACGAAGGCAAUGGUGUUGACCAGAAUCCAGAACUCGGGCAAUCUGAUAACAAACCUAAAGCAAAAGCUUCUGUAAACAAAGAGAAGCCAAGCUUUGAACUCUCUGGUGCGCUUCUAGAGGAUACCAACACUUUCCGAGGUGUUGUGAUUAAGUACAGUGAGCCCCCCGAAGCACGGAUUCCAAAGAAGCGGUGGCGCCUCUAUCCUUUCAAAAACGAUGAGUUUCUCCCGGUCAUGUACAUUCACAGGCAGAGUGCUUAUCUUCUGGGCAGGCACCGCAGAAUCGCAGAUAUCCCCAUUGACCAUCCCUCCUGCUCAAAGCAGCAUGCUGUGUUUCAGUACCGGCUUGUGGAGUACACGCGUGCGGAUGGUACCGUUGGCCGCAGAGUGAGGCCCUACAUAAUCGACCUGGGCUCUGGGAACGGCACUUUUCUGAAUAACCAGCGGAUUGAACCUCAGCGUUAUUACGAACUCAAGGAAAAGGAUGUACUGAAGUUUGGGUUCAGUAGCAGGGAAUAUGUUCUUCUCCAUGAAUCCUCAGAUAAAUCUGAGGCCAACACAAAGGACGAUGAUGAUGAUGAUGAGAAGGAGGAAGAGUCUGACAGUUAACAGAUGAGGAGGAAAUUGGGGGGCGGGCAGGGGAGAGGAAUUCAUUGCAGUUGAACGUGCAUUGGGAUGUAAACAUUGGAGCGUCUCAGCACCGAUGCCUCUUAUUGCCUUAAAGUCCUUUUUCUGUUGCUGGUCUGUUAUCAUAGUUUAUUUUGGGGGACUUCACUGAUUAUUCAUUUUUGAUAGUUCUGCAUAUCAGGAAAUACAGGUGGGUUGUUUUGGUUUUGUUUUGUUUUUUCUUCUCUUCUGCUUUUUCCCCCCCUCCGACAAGCAAAGAGCACCUGGAAGUGAAAGCUCUGAUGCUGGAAGUACUCGACAGAUGUUGAAAGACUGUCCUCUUCUAGAAAACGGUGUAAAACACAGCUGGCAUAUUUUAAAUUAUUUUUGUUAAUUGUUUUGUUAUAGCCCUUUGAAAAUGCUACUUUAGUAGUUAGAAAGUAACCCGGUGCAUUUUGUAAGAAGUCUUGUUUGGUAGUUUGCCAAAUUCCUUUGCCUGUUAGGAGUUCUAGACAGGAGGAUUUACCCGGCUCAUGACUGAGAAGGUGGAAAUGUUGCAAAGCCCCUCUUGUCUUUGUAUGUUUUGGGCAGUUCCUUUGCCUUGUGAUGACUUUCAGGGACGGAUGUUUCACUGGAUUACACUACCUGAAAACGACAAGGUAAUUUGAAAUCAAAGUUAGACACUCCCUGGGACUCUAGGUGAGGAUACUGUGAUUUGGGGGCUGAGGUCUAGGUCAGCGUCUGCCCGGCACGGUUCCAGCGUGUGGUGCUGAAGCUGUUACUGGAUGGUGAGUGUAUGGGUCUGAAGCUGGGGCCUUUAUUUCUGAUGCCACCCCUGCCCCAUGAAUAACUUCUCCUUGGUUUCAUUUGUAUUACACGUAAAGACCUUUAACGUGGUGACAUGUUUUAACCACAGUUUGCACUAUUUAAGUUUUCUUUUUAUGAAAAGAUAUACAAGUCACCUGUUUGAAAUUAGUCUUCUCCCCUGUGAAACAAAACGCUGCUUUGGGAAGAGAAGAAACAAUCCCACUCACUGAAAGUCUUGCCUAUUUUUGGAUGUCUCCUCCCCAUUGCUUUAUGGUAUAAGAAAUGUGUAUUUUCCACACCAUUUACUAAUUUGCCUGGAUGUUUGUUCUUUGGUCACAAGCUAUUUGUACCUGCUGUGUAUAUACUUUGUGUAUACAAGUGUUGCAUAUUGUAUACACAGGCUAGAACAUUUAUGGUGUAAAUAUGGGGCAUUGACAUGGGGCUACAAACAGUAGGUAGAACAAGUUUUGGCUAGGAGGAUCUCCUUUAUAUAUACACCAGGGAUUUUUAAAUAAAGAAUUUGUAAAUUUAGCCCUAA